AUGCGGGUCCUUCUCGCAAAGUACUCAGUCAAGGCUACAUUGGUUGGUUGGGGUAUAUUUGUUGCUGUUGUGUUGGGUAUAUCCCUGAUAGGCGUGCGGCCACGCCUGCCGUCAUCAUCCAGGUCCGCCGAGCACGAAAAAGAGAAUCCUCUCUCCGGGCAGUUUUCAUAUGGAUUUCUGCGCAAGCCUCUGUUUUGGCUAAUUCUUUUAUCCAAUGUGUUGCAAGCACUGUCCCAAUAUUUGCCUUCCGUCUACAUACCAUCUUAUGCAACCGCCGUCAUUGGUGCUACCUCUGCAAAUGCAUCGGCUCUACUCGCCAUUUACAAUAUCGCAUCCGCCAUUUGUCAGCCCCUAUUAGGCCUACUUGCUGAUAAACAACGCAUUCUAUACCCGCUGCUGCUCAGUACUUUGAUCCCAUCCAUUGCUGUUCUGUGUAUCUGGGGCUUUGCAACGAACUACGGCCUACUCGCACUUGUAUGCAUCUUAUUCGGCGGGAUUUCCGGGGGGUAUGUUGUUCUACGGAACCGUUUUGCAACAGCUAUCGUUGGAAACAGUGAUCGCCGGAAUGAAGAGCUGAUUGUAUCAGGCCUGAUCAUGUUCUUCAGGGGAGGGGCCACAAUCGCAUCCGGCUUUGUAGCUACAGCGGUCUCCACUGCGGGCGCAAAUCGGGGUCUCCAUAAAGGGAGGUAUGGUUCCGGCCAAUGGCUUCUGUUAAUCCUUACUGUUGGGAUUCUCACUGGAGUCUCUUGCAUUGGCGCGCUAGGAUUCCUACGGGAAGGCAGGCAACCGAGAGCGGAGAACAGGAAUGAGCAAGGCUAUGGAGAUUCGUAG